AUGACGAGGACAGGUGAUGCCGAUUCGCGCGGCGCCAACGCCAGCGCCAGCGCCGGGCACACGGGCGCGGUCGGGCUCGAGCUCGCGGGGUUCACGGCGCACUUCCUCGGCCCUGCCGCGCCGGCGCUCACUGCUGCGCGGCGGGCUGGCCGCCGCGAGCGCGAGCGCGAUCGCGAGCCAGUCACGCUCCCGCCGGCCGAGGUGCGCACCUCUGCCGGUGCGGCGUUCACGCGCUCCCUCCUGCUCUUCAUGGGUUUCCUCUUCCGCCGCCCGUCCAAGCUCUUCCGGCCGAACCGACUCGAUACAUGGGCCGGCCUGCGCCAGCUCGCCGAGAGCGCAGACCAGAACCUCUCCCCCACGUUCGUGCGCAACAUCUUGAAAACCAAGGGCGGGCCGGCAAUACUGGGGAUCACGCUGCUGCCCCCGCUGAUAGUCAACGCGACGCUCGGCUUCCUGCUCUUCUCGUCCCACUCGCUCCUCUCGCUAUGGCUCGCGCGCCUGCCCUUCUUCCACCGCCGCGAGAUGGUAGUGGACGACACGUCCGUGUCCAUCUUCCCCGACUUCUUCUCCCUCGACGACGGGGAGGACGGCCUCCCCGAGGCGCCAGAGGAGGAGAUCACCCUCGAGACUAUCAUACGCGGCCCGCGUAAUGUCCCGCGGCAUCCGACGCUAUGCUCUGCGCUCGCUGGUGCCGGCGCGGGCGUGAUCCAAGGCCUGGCAUUCACACCGAUCGAGAACGUCGUGAGGUUCCUCCAACAAUCAACGACCUCCAUCUCGAACAUCAUCGCCCGCUUCCUGCACAUCCGCGGCCCGUCGCCCGAGGUCGCGGCCGCCCUCGGCCCGCAGCCAAAGAACCCGCUCGAGGCGUUCCGUAACCUCGUCGCCUCGAGCACGUGGGCCAAGGACCACUCGUGGUGGACGGGCUGGCGGUGGGCCAUCGCCCGUGACGCCGUCUCGUACUCGAUCUUCUUCGCGACCUUUGACCUCACGCGCCGCGUCGCGCUGCGCGUCAAGGCCAUCGUCACCGCCUCGGUGGAGAAGGAGCAGGGCAUCAUCGAGGUGGCCAAGAGCACGGCUGGACCAGACGCCCUCCCCGCCCGCCCGCCGUCCCAGACACCGACGAAGGCAAGGCUGGCGCAGGCCGUGACCAUCGUCGCAGGUGGCGUGGCGGCCGCUUCCGCUGCCGAGCUCGCCGGGCGGCCGUUCCGCGCAGGACAGCGGUACUCUGGCCUCGCGGCAGCCGAACGUACCCGCCUCAACAAGGCAGGCAAGCCGAUUCCGUGGCGCUACGAGCACCCCAUCCGCUUCGCGUGGCAGAAACACGGGCUCCGCGCCUACUUCCACCGCGAGGGCGUGCACGAGACGCCCAAGACGACGGCGGCGAGCGGGAACCGCUUCGUGAGGGCGCUCACGCGUGUCGGAUGGCGCCUCGCCUCGGUCGGGCCGUGGGGGUUCGGCUUCCUUGUCUUUGCCUGGAUCGGCGGCGAGGUGUAG